GCCCAUGUUUAUCUUACGGUCACAUGCAAAUGAAAAGCUUCACCCAUGAUUUUCUGUUGGGUACUAAUCAUUCUGUCUUCAACAGGCUGCGUCAUAUUACUGUAACAAGCUGGGAUUUGAGCCUUUGGCCUACCAAGGUUUGGAGACAGGCAGUCGAGAAACAGUGUCCCAUGUAGUCAAACAAGGCAAGAUUAUAUAUGUGUUCUCAUCUGCCCUCAAUCCUGGAAACAAAGAGAUGGGAGAUCAUUUAAUCAAGCACGGGGACGGAGUGAAAGAUAUCGCAUUUACAGUGGAGAACUGUGACUUCCUGGUGCAGAAAGCCCGUGAGCGAGGUGCAAUAAUUAUAAAGGAGCCCUACACCCUGGAGGACAAGUAUGGUAAAGUCAGGCUGGCUGUGCUUCAAACGUAUGGUGACACCACACACACAUUUGUGGAGAGGACAGGAUACAGUGGGUUGUUUCUACCAGGUUUCAAUCCCCCUUUGUUCAAGGACCCUUUAUUAGCAAAACUACCAAGUGGAAAACUGAACUUCAUCGAUCAUGUUGUUGGAAACCAACCAGACGAAGAGAUGGUUCCAGUGGUUGAAUGGUAUCAGAGGAACCUUCUCUUUCACCGCUUCUGGUCAGUAGAUGACAAGCAGCUUCAGACAGAGUUCAGUGCACUGCGCUCCAUUGUGGUGGCAAACCACGAGGAGACUGUGAAGAUGCCCAUCAACGAGCCUGCCAUGGGGAAGAGAAAGUCUCAAAUCCAGGAGUAUGUGGAGUACUAUGGAGGUCCAGGAGUGCAGCACAUUGCCAUGAACACAUCAGAUAUUAUCACCGCAAUUCGUAACCUGAAGGAGCGUGGGAUGGAGUUUAUGUCUGUGCCUGACACCUACUACGAGCAGCUGAGGGAGAAGUUAAAACACUCAAAGGUCAAAGUCACAGAAGACCUGGAUGUCCUGCAGGAGCUGAAGAUCUUGGUGGACUACGAUGACAAUGGCUAUUUACUUCAGAUCUUUACCAAGCCAGUCCAGGAUCGCCCCACUGUGUUCUUGGAAGUCAUUCAGAGACAUAACCACCAGGGCUUUGGUGCAGGAAACUUCAAGUCUCUUUUUGAAGCCAUUGAAGCAGACCAACAUGCUAGAGGAAAUCUGACCAUCCUGACACCAAAUGGAGUUUCAAAGAGCAUGUGAUCCCAGUGUUAAAAUUACAUUACAGUCUUAAUAACUAUCAAUUUACUAUGAAAAGACAGUCUGUUGAGGGUCUUGUUUACUUUUUGAGAGUAUUAUACUGGUAACACGCUAGAUCAAUGCUCUGAUAUUGUCAGAUGCACGAUACGAACGCACAUGGCAUGUUUAUUCAUGUUACUUUUUUUAUUUUUUGUGACAUGCAUGUUUUAGUACAAUGUAACAUUUAUUUUUAAGUAUGUGUUCAAAAGUACUUCAUUAUAAUCUCCCCCGACUUUUAUGAAAGAUGAUCUUCUGAGUUUGUAUCAGUUAUCAAGAAGAACAACAUUAACAAGAAAACCAGUAUUAUUGAUACAAGCUUGACUCAAGCAUAACACCAUUUAAAUUCUCAUAAAUGAAAACAUUUAACUGUACAUGUAUGUUAUGAUUUGGACAAUGAGGUCAACAGAUAUUUCAUUGUAACAGACUUUUUUGCAUGAUAUUUGAGAUGCCUAUUUUUCCUCCAUGUUGGACAAGACAGCAGUUGGUAUGUGUGAAACAACAGAUAUGUUAUUAUACUGUGAUGUACAACCAAAAGUAGCAUCUUGUUAUAUGCUUAUGUUUAAACAGAAAAAGAAUAAAUAGUUUUGACAGUGGUAACCAGGGCUUAUAGGUCGAGUCUUCUUCAUAAUCAUACCAUCUUUUGAUUAAGUAAAGUUCCAGAUGUUUGGUCCCAUUCCUGUUGUAAGUGCUGUUCAGGGUAGUUUAUUAACUCAUUAUUACACCGAGCAGCACCACUCCAGCACUCUGCAAGUGCAUCUCUGAGCUCCUGUAUGACCUCCAGACAGUUAGCAACUGUGCAUUUGAAUAUUAUUAAAAUUACUCUUUUUCAAACAU